UUUUACUCGUCGAGUUUUGCAAAACUGACACAAGAAUUCUAUUUCCAAUUUUUCUUUCUCUUUUUCAGAGUUCCGCUCACCUUGAGAAGGGCAAACGCAGUUCUUUUUCAGAGUUUCAGAAAUGAAACAGCAGGACCUACCACGACACUGUUCUUAUGGAAAGAACGAACCCCCUAGUUGUAUAGGCAGCAUCCCAGCACGCACAACCUAAAUUCCUCUAGUCUUUGUCGUCUUUGGUUCACACAGCAAAGUCAGACUUUCACUGCCGUUAUUGAGCAGGAGCAGAUCGGUUCGUGAGUGCUAUAGCAGCCGUGCGGGGACGAAGAUCAGAAGCAAUUCUCAAGGGAAAAAUGGGUGGCAAUUUUUCCUCAACCUCGUCGCCAAUCGCUCGCGCUGAACAGGCGGAGCGGCGCGUGCGUAAGUUGGAAAAGUCACUUACCGAAUAUGACCUGCUCAAACGUUACAAUCUCAAACGUUGCAAUAGAACCUGGAAAUCUGUGAUGCAAGAAAUGCAUGAUCUAGCCAACUCUCAGAGGACUGCGCAUGAUAAGUUCCGGAGUCCCAAACCGCACUGCAAUCUGGCGAAAUUUGUAUUGCAGAAAGUGGAACGGUCUACGAGUCUGUAAUGCUCACGAUGCAAGACAAAUCCCAGACUCUAUUGUAACGUUUGAGAUUGUAACGUUUGAGCGGGUUAUACCGAGCAGGAGAAGGACUGCCGGUUUCAACUCCAGUGCACGGCUAUGGAUUGUAAAAAUGUCUGGGUCUGGAAGGAUGCAACUUGUGAUGCUGUCUCUGCAUCCUAAAAAAAUCUGUAUUGCAUGACCAGCAAGAAGGGUCCAGUUUGUGGUACAUGGAGAGGGUAUUUCUCAUGCGGGAUAGUCAUCAGAAAGCCCGCUAAAAAUCUGUGAUGCCAGGUUAUGCAUUACAGACGUCAUAUGUCAUGUAGAAUCUGCAUGACUUUCCAGACCCAGACAUUUUUACACCUGAUAACGGCGGUCACAACCACUGCCGCUGCGGGCCUUUUCGCCGCGAAUUUUUACCUGCGGCACCGGCUGGGCAGUCAGGAACAGGCCUUUCGGAAGGCCUUGAAUACGGUGAAAAAGAAUCUGCAGCACGAGGCGAAAGCCGAGAUUGCGAAAGCGGAGAAGAACGCGAUUUUGAAAUUUAACCGCGAGGUGGUCUUCGGCGUUGCGGACAAUUUGGAAAUUUGCCAGAAAAACAUCAAGAAGCACCUGGACUUUCUACGGGCAACGAACAGCAGUGCUGCAGGUCUGUUUUCGGGGAAAAAUAGUUCAUCGCCUGGUGCAGCAAGUACCUUUUCCUAUAAAAACCAUUACCAGUUCCCUCCUUCCCAAACGGAAUUACGUGCGUACAGCGAUUUUCAUUCAAGCGUAGCACUUUCCGAGCCUGCCCGUGCUGGAAAUAGAGGCAGGGUGGAACCAUUUGGAAGGUCGACAUCUACUUCGCGCGAGGAAAUGAAUCUUGGCCGAGUUGUGUCCCCUGCGGCGAACAAGCGCGCGGUGACAUUUCUGCAGGGACAAGGGACGACAGCUUCAAUAGGUAGUGCAAGCGGUGGAGAUGGAGCUGCAAUCCAGGGCAGAAAGAACAGCGGAUUCACUUCCAGCACCGCGGCGGCGCCUAACACCUUGAAGAUCACACCACGACCAGGAACAGAACGCGCUAUCGUGUCGAGACGGUCAACAUCUGCUCAUCUCGCAGAACCAGUAGUUGUACGGCAGGGCCAAAUUAUGGAAGAUGCGAAGCUGAAGAUGCAGCGGCACACCGUGGAGAUGCUGCUCGAAGGGGUGGAGCUGACGCACGAGUCGCUGCUGCGCGCGCUCCGCAAGCAGAACAUCCACCGGAUUCACGCGGUGCCAAAGGUGACCUCGUUCGACCCGGAAAUCCACGAGGCUUUGGCAGAGCGGAGUGACGUGGAGGCGAAUAAAGUGGCAGCCGUGUAUCGGCACGGGUACUACUGUGUGGUGACAGGUGGAAAAGAUAUGAAGAAUGCUGGUCGGAGCGACGAGGGGAAGUUGCAGGGAGUUGUAGCCGACGAUUUGGAGGAAAAGGCAGGCGAGGGGGAAAAUGGCUCAUCUACAACUUCCAUGAAAAGUAUGCUGCAGGUGGUGCGGCCAGCGCAAGUCGCCGUCGGGACAUCUUCCGGGGUUGUUAGGUCCGGGGGGAAGUUGUGAAGACGCGCGGGCACUACUUAUUUGCAAGACGGCUGGUGAUACGUUUAUUUUCGGAGAAGAAGAACCACCUAAGUUUGUUGGUUACUAGUCCUGUGGGCCUGUUGAUGCGGAGAAAAAUAUCAGAUAGGUCUGAUCAAUCUGUAAGUUAUGGUUUCUAUGACCAUCGCAUGCUUCUUGUUGGGACUUGAUGGUUCUACAUGUAUGAUCUUGUUUCUCUGUGCUGAAGCUGAUGAGAAAGCGAAGAAAAAGUUUCAAGAAAAGUAUAAAAAAUCUCUUGGGGGACGAUGCGUUUGGCAUUCAUCUACGAAUGAAAUUGAAGAAAUUCUGUGUAACAAAAGAAUUUUGGCGAGCUUUCUUUGAUAAAAUUUACUGCGUUUCAGUUUUACAGCGGCGGCUUCAACAGUCCUCAGCUUUCGCACGGACUUGGG